UUCACCUUUACAUGGCUUCCUCUCACCCACCAACCAGUUGCUCGAGUCCUCCCUUUCGCAGGCACAAAGAACUGAUCACUUCCAAGCAUCCCCGAGUAAUUAGAUGCCAAAGCUUUCCAGAAGAUGGAACAUCUGCAAAUAUCGUGGAUGCAAAUCUGGGCAUUCUAAGAGGCAGAAUAGCAGAAGUAAAGAUGAAGGAGAAGUUGGACGCAUGGUGCAGACUCAAAAAUGGCUGGAAUUAUCACUCUGGUUAUGAUCACAAAUACAAGAGAGAUGCUACGUUAUCCGAGUCUUUAGAAAUUAUGGGGUUUGCCAGCGGUGCACUUGGGUUCGUCUUUCUUUCCGGCUCUCUUUGCAUCUGGCUUGUUUCUCUUCUAGUUCAUUUCACUCGAUGAAAGGGAGUGAAGAAAUCUUGUAAGUAUAUUUUUAUCGACAUAUAUAUUGUGGAUCGAUGUAGCUUUUGUUUAGAUCUGUUCAGCUCCAUAAGGCAAGACUUUGCUCCACCGAGUGUUUCUUUUUUCUAUCCUUAGGAGGACAAGAAAGGGGAAAAAAAAAGAAACAAAUUAAAGAAAAAGCACCAGAGAUUUAUUAUUAGUGAUAUACGAUACGACGCAAGUUCAU